GGACGCCUACGUCACUUCCGGUGGCCGUGCUAAAACCGCGCAUGCGUAUUGCGUCUCUUCCUCUUCGGGCUGCGCUUCGGUUCCGGUAACAUGGCUAAACGCACCAAAAAGGUCGGGAUCGUCGGGAAAUACGGGACCCGCUAUGGCGCCUCCCUCCGGAAGAUGGUGAAGAAGAUUGAAAUCAGCCAGCACGCCAAGUACACUUGCUCCUUCUGUGGCAAGACCAAGAUGAAGAGACGAGCCGUUGGCAUCUGGCACUGUGGAUCCUGCAUGAAAACAGUGGCUGGUGGGGCUUGGACCUACAACACUACUUCUGCCGUCACAGUGAAGUCCGCCAUCAGAAGACUCAAGGAACUGAAGGACCAGUAGAUGCACUGCUGUUUAGACUUGCCUAGUCUGCAAUAAAUGGGUUAAUUUACGUAACUUUCUGGCCUUGUUAGUGGUUAAUUAUAACAUUUUGGUAUAUGUUGUUUUGGGAUAAACUGUAUGACCCUGGCUAGCCUUGAAUGACUGACUGGUCCUCCAUUGAA